CUUCAAAAAAAACUCAUCACGUCUAUCUUUGUGAUGUUACAGCGGCAUAGCAACAGCUUGGACCGACAAUGCAAGGUGUCACCGAAAUUCCCCCUCGAAGUCUCUAUCAGCGCAGCAGGCCAGAUCUGAACGGACCUGGUGCCGAACUAAUUUUAUUUCCAACGAACUGGUCUAAGUAGUUCGUUAUCCCCGGGCUAUCGACUUAGCACGCAAACAUGUUAAGAUGUAUUACUAUUAGUACUAUCUUGUUUAUUACCUUGCACUCGACUUUCGUCUUCCGCCAUUGCCCCCCCGCCUGCACCUGGCAUGGAAUCUCCCUCUCCUUCCCCUUCUGCACUUGGCGUCGGUAUGGUUGAUGGAGAAGAGCUCACGUAUGACAAGGACUUGCGUUUGGGGGGCGGGCGAAAUGGCAGCGUUUUUCAAGGAAGUCUCAACAAAAAUGUGGUUGCAGUCAAGGUCCUCAGUUCAGAAGCUUCGUCUGACAUCUUCUUCGAACGCGCUCAUUCGUGGAGAAGUUUAAACCACGCCAAUAUCUGCGAGGUUUAUCGUGUAUCCUCCACCGAGGAAGACUCCCUCUAUCUCGUUAUGCAAUGCCAUGUCAACGGGAAUAGUCGGCAAUACUUGACAAGAAACCCCAAUGUUGAUCGUGGAAAAAUUAUCCUCGAAACUGCCCUGGGCAUGCAAUAUCUGCAUUCGUGUGAUAUCAUUCAUGGAGGUCUCAAGCCGACCAAUAUUCUCAUCAAGGAUAACGGAGAGGCGUGCGUUUCCGACUGGGCUAUGGUCGAAAUCCAACCAAGCAGAAACAAAGAAGCGCAUCGAUAUUUCAGUCCGGAAGCGUGGAAGGGAACCGUAUCGCGACCUUCGGACGUGUUUUCGUUCGCAAUGAGUGCAUACGAGUUAUAUAGUCUCUCCCAACCGUGGGGCGUACUCUCCGAGAAGCAGAUAUAUCAGCUGGUUGUGGCGGAAGAUGCUCGACCUGACCGCCCAGAUCCAACACGCGACGCACGCGUUGGGCUCAAUAACUAUUUCUGGGACAUCAUUGAAGAGUGCUGGCAAAAGGAGCCUCGCAUGCGGCCAAGUUUCGACAUCGUUGUGCGAUUAUGGAGAAGUCACGGUACAGACGCUUCCCAAGAAGUGUCAGCUCUCAAUGCCAAAACCAUGCCUGCCGCUGGUAGGGGAAGGUCUCUUUCCUUGAAGACCCAGCCAAACGCGCCGGAUCCAGUGUUGGCGUCUCUGACGGCCGAGUUUGGCCAAUUAUCUGCUCGCUCGACUAGCUUGGGCCGGAGUUCCACUGUGGCUUCGACGCGCUCGUUCAGAUCUGGACCACCAGCUUACGAGAAACCUCCGACAGCGUCACCAGCCUCUCCUUUGUCACCUUUGUCGAAUUAUUCACCUUUGUCUUCGCAGAUCUUUUCUGCAACGAGUAGUACAGAUGCCUCCUCCUUGUCCACUCCAAGAUCCCACCCCGUGGAUGAACUACCACCUAUCAGUCCAGUUUCCAGUACGCGCUCAUCACUUGUUAUUUUAUCUCCCGCGUCUAGACCAAAACCGCAUGCAGAACCGUUUCGGGUCAACUCACUCUCCAAUAGUUCGGACUACUCACGACACUGGGAUCCCACUAGUACUUUAGCGAGAUCCUAUACUCCACAAUUGUCUGCCUUUGCCGAAGUAGACGAGCAUGUGGUUCGCAGCGAAUCCCCGUCACUAUGGGAAGCGAAACGUCGUGGGAUGGGUGCAAUAACACACCAACCUAUUGCGACCGCAUGGGAUCGUCGGUCGGGUUUGUCUGCCGAGAGCGAAGGACUUUCUGGCACGGGGUCGUCAUCCAGCUUGUCACACCCGCCAAACGCCAUUCUUCUAGUUGGCGCACUGCAGGCGGAAGUGCAAACCACUCGUAGACGGGCCUUUAUCGACAACUGUCUUUCCAGGAUUCAGUACGUCGCUACGCAAUGCGACAAAGGAGCACAGAAGCUGGUUACAGCCGGGGCUGUUCCGGUGUUGAUACAUCUGUUGAAGAUUCGAGCAGCGGAGCCAGACGGUCUAGAGGUAGUCUUGACAACACUUGGUCUCGUCGCUCACGACACCAUAACUGCUAACACAAUUUAUCGGACCAACACCACUAGAACCUUGAUCGAAAUAGUCAAAUCCUCAACUUCGGAUCCCGUCAUUACCCUUGCUCUAUGGUGUCUCAACCGUAUAUGCCGGAAUGCUGAUGUUGCCACUGGUCUCAUCAAACAGAAUCUCGUCAGCGCUAUUCUUGAAAAGACUUUGCAUGGGAACCUCGCCUGUGCCCGUAUGUCAGCGUGGUGUAUUGGCAUCCUCAUUUAUAACGACUCCAUAGCCGAUGUACUCAGCGAUCUCGGUAUUAUACCGGAAAUUGCUGCCUAUCUUCGACAGGUUUCGACCACGAACACCGUCGCUCCCGAUGACAUCUGCGCGGGACUUUAUGCAGUCGCUCGAAUUGCUCGUUCCAUCAAGCUUUCGAAGGCCCUAUAUAAACAGGGAUGUGUAUCUAUAGUUUCAUUCCACUUGGCGUCGUCGAAUGACCCGUCGGUCCUUAUGUGGGCUGCGCGCGCAGUAGGCUGCAUGAUGCGGCCAAACAGCGCCGACAUGGCUAAGGUGCUCUUAGAUGCCGAUGUCGCGCGGGGCCUUUCCCGCUUACCAAGCGUAUUACCCCCGGAGGUUGUCGAGCCGUUGGGUUCGUUCGCUUUUGCUAUUCAGCGGUUUAGUUGUGCCGAAUGGGGAGGCGGGACACGUAAGGCGCUCGUAGACGCCGGAGUUGUCGAUGCGCUAUUGGCCGCCCUGAGAACGGUCGCCGACGAGCCCUACCCGCAGAUCCAUAUGCAGAUGGCUUUGGCAGUGAGCUUUUUGGGUGAUGUGGGAGGGUCUGCAAUAAGGAAGGAGAUUGUCAGUGCAGGUGGGAUUACCAUUUUGAAACGAGUUGGGGAAAAUGGUAGUGCGGAUGUAUCUAAAGCGUGUUCGAUGGCGGUAACGAGUAUCACGGGUAAUCUGUGGACAAGGAAUGCUGCAUCUGCAAAGACGGCUAUGACACAUAAUUGGAGCGGAGGCUGUCCCGAUUAUCACACCGCUUGUCCUAUUCCUCUCGCCGAUACAGAGUCCUUGUACUAGUGGACAAUUAGUGCCAUAUAGGCGUCUUUUUUUUUUUGGUUUUGGUAUACUACGUAUCUUAUUAAUGUUAUUUGAAACGUGAAUUUAUGAGUUGACGAUCCAAAUGAACUGUGAUUUGUGCAAGCUUAUCUUAGUU